AUGGGCGGCGAUUCCUUCCCUCCCAGCCUGAUCGAAAGCAUCGACCGGCUCGUUCGAUUGAUGCAUCCGACCAUGAAGGCAAAGACGGCCGCCAAACAUGACGAACCUGACAAUCAGCGGUCCGUCGACGAGAAAGCUCAAGUCUUCUCCGGUCUGGCACUGCCGGAUAAGGCGCCAGUUCUGGAUUCUAUUGACGACACCCUGGCUAUGCUGGAAGCUCUGGAGCCGAAAAACUGCAAGGGAAAACAUCAGGCGCGGAAACGAGACCGCAGUCGCAGUAUUUAUGACGGCCACGUGACGGGCAUCAAGGACUUUGGCGCUUUUGUGAACCUCCACGGCGUCAAGGGGAAAGUGGAUGGGCUCGUUCAUGUUUCACGGCUGGUAGACGGGCGGAUCAAUCACCCGUCGGACUUGGUCGAACGUGGACAACCUGUCAAGGCCAAGGUCAUUAGCAUGGAUGGCACAAGAGUCGGGCUGUCGAUGAAGGACGUUGAUCAGGCGACAGGCCAGGACCUUGCACCGAGUUUCGGUUCCGGUGCUAACAUGCAGCCUCUGGGUGGAGGCAAGAGCGAACACACCGAUGCUGCACCCCCAAACCCCGAUCCUGCAAAACGACAAAAGAAGAGAAUGACGUCUCCUGAGAGGUGGGAGAUUCGCCAACUCAUCGCAUCUGGGGUUGCAAAGGCUUCAGACUACCCCAACCUGGAAGAGGAUUACAUGCUCGGUGGCGAUGGCGAGAUGGAGCUGGAAGAAGACCUCGACAUUGAGGUCAGAGAGGAAGAGCCGCCGUUCCUCGCUGGCCAAACAAAGCAGUCUCUGGAGCUGUCGCCUAUCCGCGUUGUCAAGGCUCCUGAUGGGUCGUUGAAUCGGGCUGCCACGUCCAGUGCUGUGCUGGCAAAAGAGAGAAAGGAGCUGCGACAGCAAGAGGCUGAAGCAGCUGCUGACACGGAGGAAAAGAUAGACCUCUUUUCUCAGUGGAAUGAUCCAAUGGCAGAUCCAGACAAGCGCAAAUUUGCCAGCGACCUGAGAAGCGCCAAAGCCAACAUUGCAAAAUCCGAUAGCAUUCCAGAGUGGAAACGCGCAGUCCAACCAAAAGACCAGUCAUAUGGAAAGCGGACGGAUAUGACGAUUAAGCAGCAGCGAGAAUCUCUCCCAGUUUUUGCCUUCCGAAGUCGGCUGAUUGAGGCUGUACAACAACAUCAGAUUCUCAUUGUGGUUGGUGAGACUGGCUCUGGCAAGACAACGCAGAUGACGCAGUAUCUGGCUGAGGCAGGCUUUACAAACAAUGGCAUCAUUGGAUGCACACAGCCUCGCCGUGUGGCUGCCAUGUCAGUAGCUAAGCGUGUAGCUGAAGAGGUUGGCUGCAUCUUAGGCGAGGAAGUUGGCUAUUCGAUUCGAUUCGAGGACUGCACCAGCCUGGCUACCAAGAUCAAGUACAUGACAGACGGCAUGCUUCAGCGCGAGAUCCUGCUAGACCCAGACCUCAAGAGAUACUCUGUUAUCAUGCUUGAUGAGGCACAUGAGCGGACUAUUGCCACAGAUGUCCUCUUUGCGCUACUCAAGAAAACGUUGAAGAGGCGGUCAGAUCUCAAAGUGAUUGUCACAUCUGCUACUCUCAACGCUGAGAAGUUCUCAUCUUACUUCAACCACUCCCCAAUCUUCACUAUCCCAGGCCGCACAUUCCCUGUCGAAAUUCUGUACUCGCAAGAACCUGAGUCAGACUAUCUUGAUGCUGCUCUUGUUACUGUCAUGCAGAUUCACCUGACAGAGCCAUCUGGCGAUAUCCUCUUGUUUUUAACAGGACAGGAGGAAAUCGAUACAGCCUGCGAGAUCCUGUACGAACGGAUAAAGAGCCGUAUAUUUGAGCCAGCACCUCCAGGCACCCGAAAGGUUGUCAUUGCCACCAACAUUGCCGAAACAUCUAUCACCAUCGAUUACAUCCACUACGUUGUGGACUCAGGCUUUGUCAAGCAGAACAUGUAUGAUCCAAAGCUAGGCAUGGACUCGCUUAUCAUUACGCCAAUCUCGCAAGCACAAGCCAACCAGCGAGCUGGCCGUGCUGGCCGAACUGGACCAGGCAAAUGCUUCAGGCUAUACACAGAAGCAGCAUACCAGUCAGAGAUGCUGCCAUCAACAAUACCUGAUAUUCAACGCCAGAGCCUAUGUAUGACAAUCCUGAUGCUUAAGGCAAUGGGUAUCAACGACCUUCUACACUUUGACUUCAUGGACCCACCACCUAUCAACACAAUGCUGACAGCUCUUGAAGAGCUCUAUGCACUGAGUGCCCUUGACGAUGAGGGACUCUUGACACGGCUAGGCCGUAAAAUGGCCGACUUUCCCAUGGAACCAUCGCUUGCCAAGGUCCUAAUUGCAGCAGGAGAGCUAGGCUGCUCAGACGAGAUACUCUCUAUUGUAGCCAUGCUGAGUCUGGUCAAUGUCUUCUACCGGCCGAAGGAAAAACAGGCACAGGCUGAUCAGAAGAAGGCCAAGUUCCAUGACCCACAUGGCGACCACCUGACGCUGCUGAACAUAUACAAUUCGUGGAAGCAGAAUAGCUACUCAAGCUCUUGGUGCUUUGAAAACUUCAUUCAGGCGCGGUCAAUGAGACGGGCCAAGGAUGUGCGGGAACAGCUUGCCAAGAUUAUGGAGCGGUACCGUCACCCAGUUGUUUCGUGUGGCCGUAAGACAGAGCAGGUGCGCCGAGCCUUAUGUGCUGGCUUCUUUCGCAAUGCAGCACGGAGGGAGGCUGAUGGUGGAUCUGGGUGCUACAAGACCCUCAUCGAGGGCACUCCAGUCUAUGUGCAUCCGUCGUCAGCGCUGUUUGGAAAACAGGCCGAGUGGGUGGUUUAUCACGAACUUUUGCUCACGACGCGCGAGUAUAUGCGAUGGACCACAAGCAUCGAGCCAAAGUGGCUUGUCGAGGCAGCGCCGACCUUCUUCAAGGUGGCGGGGACGGGUGGCACCAUGUCGAAGCGACGGCAGCAGGAGCGGAUACAGCCCUUGUACAACAAGUUUGCUGGCGAGGACGACUGGCGGCUGUCGGCGCAGCGCAGGGGCGGCAGGGGCGGCGGCGGCGGUACCUGGGGGUAA